CUUCCUGCGGUCUGUGUCUCUACGCUCGCAGCUUUGACUUGCGCGAGCUGGUGUCGCGAGCCUGCGGGCCGAGGCCGGUGCGUCCGGAUCGGCAGCAGGCGAACGCAGCUUUGCAGGCCGGGGAGGCCGAGGACCGGGCUGACGGGGGCAGCGAGACCCGGGCCCGGUGCGGCCUCCUAGACCCGACUGCAUUAGUCCUUCUACAGACUUCCUACUGCAUCGGAAGAUGAAUACAUCCUUAGGCCCACUGUCAUUCAAGGAUGUGGCCGUGGCCUUCUCCCAGGAGGAGUGGCAGCAGCUGGACCCUGAGGAGAGGACGACAUACAGGGAUGUGAUGCUGGAGACCUACAGCAACCUCGUCUCCUUGGGGUAUGACAUUAUCAAACCGGAUGUUAUCAUCAAGUUGGAACAAGGAGAAGAGCCAUGGAUAGUAGAAGGAGCGUUCUCGCCUCAGAGCUAUCCAGAUGAGAUCCGGCACAUGAGCAGGCUGAUGGAGGAAGACCAGGGAGGUGAAGAGAACCAGACAAGUUCAGCUGUGUUCAGCUACAGAAGCCGGGCUGAUGCCUCUAGUAAGGCCACUGAUGGAGAAACAAAGCCCUUUCCCUCACAGAAGGCCCUCCCUCAGUGCAACUCCUGUGAGAAGAGCCUGAUGUGUGUCUCAGCGUUCAUCCGAAGCGACGGAAGCUAUGCAAAACUGAGGCCCAAUGUGUGUGCCGGGUGUGGGAAGCCCCUCCCCUGCAGCAAGCCGGAGGAAACACAACCUGGAGGUGAGUCUUACGAAUUUAGUGAGGAUGGAGAUGAGGACCCUCUCGGUGAAGAAGGCGUUUAUCGGAAGGGUCACUUUUUGGAGAAGCCCUUUGAAUACGUUGAGUGCCAGAAAUCCUUCCCCAAGGGCACCGUGUUUCUUAAUCACCUGGAAGAGGAGCCCUGCGACUGGAAUGACUCUGAGGUCGCUUUCCUGCAGCCGUCAGACCUCAGUGCCCACCAGGAUUCUCUCAUGGAAAUGAAGCCCUACGAGUGCCAGCAGUGUGGGAAGUCCUUCUGCAAAAAGUCCAAGUUCAUCAUCCAUCAGAGGACUCACACAGGAGAGAAGCCCUUCAAGUGCAGUCAGUGUGGGAAGUCCUUCUGCCAGAAGGGCACCCUCACCGUCCACCAGAGGACGCACACCGGGGAGAAGCCCUACGAGUGCACUGAGUGCGGAAAGACCUUCUACCAGAAGCUGCACCUCAUUCAGCACCAGAGGACCCAUUCGGGCGAGAAGCCCUACAAGUGUGGCUACUGCGGGAAGUCCUUCUGCCAGAAGACGCACCUCACUCAGCACCAGAGGACGCACUCGGGAGAGAGGCCCUAUGUUUGUCACGACUGUGGCAAGACGUUCUCUCAGAAGUCAGCCCUCAAUGACCACCAGAAGAUCCACACGGGCGUCAAACUCUACAAGUGCAGCGAGUGUGGCAAGUGCUUCUGCCGCAAGUCCACGCUCACAACCCACAUGCGGACGCACACGGGCGAGAAGCCAUACGAAUGCAACGAGUGCGGCAAGUUCUUCUCCAGGCUGUCGUACCUCACCGUGCAUUACAGAACCCACUCGGGGGAGAAGCCCUACGAGUGUACGGAGUGCGGGAAGACCUUCUACCUGAACUCGGCCCUUAUGAGACACCAGAGGGUGCACACGGGGGAGAAGCCUUACGAGUGUAACGAGUGUGGGAAAUUAUUCUCGCAGCUGUCCUACCUCACCGUGCAUCACAGAACUCACUCAGGAGUGAAGCCCUAUGAGUGUAGCGAGUGUGGAAAGACCUUCUACCAGAAUUCAGCCCUCUGUAGACACCGGAGAAUUCACAGAGGGGAGAAGCCCUACGAAUGCUACAUCUGUGGCAAGUUCUUUUCUCAGAUGUCUUACCUCACGAUCCAUCACAGAAUUCACUCAGGGGAGAAGCCCUACGAGUGCCACGAGUGCGGGAAGUCCUUCUGCCAGAACUCAGCCCUCAACAGACACCAGCGCACACACACGGGAGAAAAAGCCUACGAGUGUUACGAGUGUGGGAAAUGCUUCUCCCAGAUGUCGUAUCUCACUAUCCACCACAGGAUCCACUCGGGAGAGAAGCCCUUCGAGUGUAACGAGUGUGGGAAAGCCUUCUCUCGGAUGUCGUACCUCACUGUGCAUCACAGGACCCACUCAGGAGAGAAGCCCUAUGAAUGUAUGGAGUGCGGGAAGAAAUUCUACCACAAGUCCGCGUUCAAUAGCCAUCAGAGAACUCACAGGAGAGGGAGCGGGAAUGGGGUUGGUUGAUGUGGGACGGCUCCUUUAAAGCCACACUCAACCCUCUCAGUGAGCUAGAAACUCCGGUCUGCAGCUGAGCCCUGCUGUAUGUGGCCCCAGGUACCCAUAGGCUCCGUCUCUGAGGAAAAAGGGUUUCUCUGUGCUGAAUGUGUACAGAAUAUUUUUUGCCUUUCUUCCCUAAGUAGUACAAUAUAACAGCUCUUCAUACAAUAUAACAGCUCUUUAUACUGCGUUUAUAUGGUAUUAAGUGUCAUAGAUAUUCUAGAGGCGAGUUAAAGUACAUAGGGUGUGCACAGUCACAAUGUCAUCUUACAUAGGGGCUUAAUCUGCAGAGGUUGGUGUCCCGCUGGUCUCAGAACCACACUCGGGCAUACCAAAGGAUACCUCUGUCAGAGAGCUCACACAAAUAAGCACGAGCAAGUCUGUGAGAGAUAGAUUCAUCAGAAACCCACAGGGCAGGAAGCACAGUUGUGAGAAGAGCACACAGCAGGCUACACAGGAGUCAGAAUGUAUAAAUCCGUCUCAGCAUAACUUAAACUGCUCAUCAGGGAACUGACUCGACUGAAGGAGCUGGGGAAGCACACUCCUUUGGCAACUGCUAACACUAAAGGACAUUUCUGUAAAAAUUAAAAGAAGAGGGGCUGGAGAGAUGGCUCAGCGGUUAAGAGCACUGACUGCUUUUCUUUCCAGAGGUCCUGAGUUCAAAUCCCAGCACCCACAUGGUGGCUCACAACCAUCUGUAAUGGGAUCUGAUGCCCUCUUCUGGUGUGUCUGAAGAAAGCUACAGUGUACUCAUAUACAUAACAUAAAUACAUUUUUUAAAAAAUUAAAAGUAAUACUUUGCUAGAAAUAAGUACCCUCUAUAACUGCAGGAUGUAAAGUUGCCAGUCUGGUUAGCUGAGUUUGCCACACUAAACUGGUAAGUGAUUCCCUAGGGGCACAGGGCUUGGGGUCUCUUGGUUUUGUUUCAGUAGCCAUCACAGAAGUCUCGCGUUCUGUUUUAAUCACAUUUGGAAAAGUGCUGUGUUGUUACUUUGUAACGUCUGGGGAGCUUACCCACUCUAAGGAAGGUCCUCACCCUGUUACUAUGUUCAUAUGCACUGUCACUGAAGUUACGAACUAUGCUUUUUCUCAUAUUCUUCCUUGGGUUUUCAAAUGCAUUGGGUCAUUGGCACAGGAUUCUGUCCUCUGUAAAGAAGCCAGGUUUUCCCCCUCCCCCAACUAUAGCAAAGAUGGAAUGUAUCUAUAAAAUAGAAGACUCUGAAUAGAUCAUUUUAAACUAAGCCAGAAGUCUGUAAAGGUAAGAAAUAGCCUUAGCACUCCCUGUACUCUGUGACAACAAAGAACUAGACUUAGGAUGUUGUCAUUUCUACACACCAUUGGCUCGCUUGUCUCCCGAGGAUGCUUACGCGUGUGUAGAACUCAAUGGCUGGGUAGCGCGGUACGUGCUGUGGUUACGACCGUGCUCUGUUCUCCUGUCCCUCGGAAGUGAGCACACACACAGCGGACUGGGGCACACUUCACCCAGUGCCUUCUGCCGCUCCCUCUUUGUCUUCCGUACGUCGUCUGAGUGCGUUCUUCCUUAGAUGAUGGGACGCAACUCCAGGGAAGUUUUCAUUGUGGGGUGAGCCUUUCUCAGAAUCUUGGACCCAAAUCCAGAGAGUUCAAAAAGGUCAUUUCUUGAAAGGGUCUCUCUCCUCAAAGCAGCAGAACCUUAGUGAACAUAACCUUGUCUGGAUGCGGUGCCUGGUGAUGACUGCCAACCGUGUAUAUCGUGUAGUCAUGACAACAGAAAGUCGGAAUGACGUCACAGAGCCACUCCGUGUCUGGACUGUGGGUUUUGUUUUUUGUUUUUCUAAGAGACUGUUUCUAAACCAGGUGACUUCGGGACAUUCUGUUAAUAACAACAGGACAGCCUGGUGCCGCAUUACACUCUGUAGGAGUUAUGCAAUUCAGAAGUGGAAUUUAGGUAAAUCAUUUAUUUUGAUGUGUCAAUAGAGAGAUUUAUUGUCUGUAAAUUUGGAUGUAAAUAAUCUGAGCAUUGAAAAUGAACUUGAAA